GCUCACACCUCGCCGGACAGCGUGAAGGACACAUCUCUUUGUUACACUAGACUGGAUUAAUCAAAGAAAAGAAAGAUUCUCGCUUCAGUGUGCAGGAUGUGAUAGAUGCUGUCCAGAAUGGAGAGAGUUAUGUGGACAUUGACUCCAGCGAAACUCACGAGGAGUUAGAUGAAGAAGAUUGUGAUGAUGUGAAAGAGAACAAAUCACCCACUGACUGCCGAGUAGACACGGACAUUGAGCCACAACCAUCAAAACAGGCCAACAGAUAUCGGUGGCAGAAAAAGGAUUUCACAAGACCUAUACUGAAUUUUCUGGUCCACCUCUCACCAAAGAUGCAUCUUCUCUCCACACACCACUGGAGUACUUCAACUAGUUUGUUUCUAAAGAAAUGAUUCAGUCUCUGACGACAAACACAAAUGAGUACAGCUUUCAAACAAAGGGAACAUGUGUGAACACCAAUUCCAAGGAAAUUGAGAAAAUGUUGGGCAUGUACCUGAAGAUGUGCCUAGUACAAAUGGCUGGUACCCGUAUGUACUGGGAGGAAGACACACGACACCCUCCUGUUGCUGACGUGAUGCCACGGAACAGAUUCCAGUCUUUGUUGACAGCCUUACAUUUCGUCAACAACUUGACAGUACCAGAGACUGAAAAGAAGGACAAACUGUGGAAGAUCAGACCAUGGCUUGAUUCAUUCAGAUAGAACUGCCUGCAGGUGAUACCAGAAGAGCACAACUCUGUGGAUGAGAUGAUGAUUCCUUUCAAGGGGAGAUUCAGCAGCAUCAAACAGUACAUGUGAGGCAAGUCACACCCAUGGGGCUUCAAAGUAUGGGUGAGAACUAGAGUCUCUGGCGUGAUGUGUGACUUUGAUGUCUACCAAGGAAGCAACAAUGGACUGCGAGCCAAAUCAGAACUUGGCUUGUUUGGUGAUGUUGUUAUAAAGCUAGCUUCAACACUGCCAGAAGGUCACAGCUACAAGGUGUAUGCAGACAACUUCUUCACCUCUGUUCCACUGGUAGAGAAGCUCCUUGAUCGAGGAAUACAUUACGUUGGAACAGCCAGGCAGGUGCGCCUACCUAACUGCAACCUUGAAGACGACAAGAGUUUGAAGAAGAAGGGGAGAGGAGCCUUUGACCACAGAGUGGAGGUGAAACACAAGAUCUCUGGCAUCAAAUGGUAUGACAACCGAGCGGUCACACUUGUGUCGUUCUUUGCUGGAACUGAGCCUGUGGAGAAGAUCCAACGCUGGGACAAAUUCAACAAGACCUACAUAGAAGUUGAAAAGCCUCACAUCGUGGGCAUCUACAACAAAUAUAUGGGAGGUGUGGAUUUGCUGGAUUCAUUCACAGCCAAAUACAAGUUCCCUGUGAAAUUUCGCCGCUGGUACAUGUACAUCUUCUGGCACACCAUCACCCUUGCUGUGGUCAACGCCUGGCUCAUCUACAAGCAGGACUGCAAGGCUCUCGGGGUCUCUCCAAAAGAGACACUGAACCUGACCGCUAGCAUCCUUUCUCAUUCUGAAGGACACAAUCAAGACUAAUGAGAAUCUAACCAGCGGUCCACCCAAGAAAACAUGUCCACACCCAUCACUGGAUGUGCGUAAGGACCUUCUUGGUAAUUUCCCAAUGAAGAAGAGAGGGCGCUGCAGACACUGCCUUACAGGAUACACCGACACACAGUGCUACAAGUGUGAUGUCCAUCUUUGUUUCAAAGACGACAGGAACUGUUUCUGAGAUUAUCACUGCUAAUGAAGGAAGAAGAUGAAGUGGCUUGAAAUUUGAAGUAGUGUUAGCCUUGAUUCUGCAUACACCUCGUAUA